UUUUAUAAGUGUAUGCGUAUUUUAUAAGUUAUGAGUGUUAUGUAAACAUUUGGUGUCAGCACAAGAAGAGCUCAUGAAUGUGAAGUUCACUGCCUUCUUGUUUGUUUUUUCAUUAACUGUCGUCUAAUCAAAGACCUUUUCCAGCUGCUCAAUUAAAAUAUUUUCAGAUUUUGUCUUUAAUAUUUUUGGGUUCAUAAUAUGAAAACAAAACACAAGAUAUGCAUAUGUUACCUUUUGAAAACAGCAUCCUGUGAGUGUGUGACUGCCUGAGUGCUCGAAACUUAAACACAGCCACCGCUCACUGAUUUGUUCCUCCAAAGUUAAACACACACCCAUAAAACAGGCGCAGAUGUGAGCUGAAGAGAGAGCACUAGGAUCAGCUCUGAAGCUAAAUGCAUCUUAUACACUCAGCUAAGGUGGUAUGGUGAGGUCGUUCAGCCUACUUCCUGCAGCCCUCUGAACUCGCCUCUCAUCCUCCUUCCUUGUUUACAGAUUAGCAGAGCAAGCUAUUGAAACACCAGGAAAUCUGAAGAUCAGCCACUUGGCUUCCUAAAUUGGAUUGCAUGAACUCAUUGAGCAGUAGGUAAAAAAGAAAAGAAAAAAACAUGGAAGAGAAAGGCUUGAUGUUUCGUGUCUUGACGAAAGGCUGCUAAAACAGGAACUACUUUGCGUGAAAGACAAACUGAACUGUAGAGGCGAUAAAGAAAACCUGAAGUGGACUCCCUGAGUUGUGAAGACAAACAGGAAGUAAGUGAGAGUGCAGGGUAGAAGUGUGAUCGCGGUGUUUCCAGAUUUAAAGCAAUACGAUAAAAGAGCACCUAAAAGCUCAAGCAGCUUUUCCUACUCAUUGACAACUGCAGAAACAUAGUCCCCUAUAGCUCAGCCACCUUCCAGGCUGCUGACUGGACCUUGUCGCAGGCCUGGCCGGCCUCCGGACCUGCUCAAACGCCACCACUGCCUUCGGCGUGGCCGGCCUCCGGACCUGCUCAGUCGCCACCACUGCCUUCGGCGUGGCCAGCCUCCGGACCUGCUCAGUCGCCGCCACUGGCUUCCGUGUGGUGGGCCUCUCGAUCUGCUUAGUUUCCUCAGUCGCUUGCCACGUGGCCGCCCACAGGAACUACUUUGUUUUGGACUCCUCGACCCCCUCCACCCGAACUGUUCAGGUUUUUCUUUCUUUCGGCUGCCAGAAACAUGGUUGACACAACAAAUGUGACUUCAUCUUCCAACCAGACCUGUGAUGCUGUUAACACUUCAGCCUAUCCUUUCUUUAUGCUGGUCUACACGCUAGUGUUCCUGGUGGGUUUAAUCCUCAAUGGCUUCAUCAUGAAGUUUCACUUUUGUGGAGCACAGCAGCGGACAUCGAGCAGCUUGAAGAUCUACCUGAAAAACCUGACAGCUGCUGACUUCCUGCUCUGCCUCUCUUUGCCACUCCGCAUCACCCACUAUGCAAGCAGCUCUGUCAUCAUUCGGCAGCUCUACUGUACUUUUGGAGCUUGUGCCAUCUUCCUCAACAUGUACGCCAGCAUCAUAUUCAUGGGCUACAUCGCUGCCAACAGGUAUCUAAAGAUCAUCCAACCUUUAGGAACUCACAUCCUGCAGACAGUAAAAACUUCCUAUGUCAUUUCCAUCAUUACCUGGGUUUUUCUCCUGGUUCCAGCUGUGACAUACACCAUCCUGUUUUUCAUCACCCAGACCCCAGUGACCUCUAACCCCAGCUGCUGUGAUCCCUUCUUUAGCGAAUCGGUCAGGCUGUUCUUCACAAUCAUCCACACUUUAUCUCCCAUUAUCUUCUUGUUGGUCUCCAUAUGUAUGGUCUUCUUCUACUACAGCACCUCCCGCAGGGUGUUGCAGGCACAGCAGAGGCAGCUGGCCUCCUCUGGCUCUGAGAAGCUUGUGAAGUCUCGCAGGAACAUGUUAGUGCUGGUCAGCAUCUUCUGUGUUUGUUUUGUCCCCUAUCACCUGGUUCGUCUUCCCUAUAGUCUUCUGCAGAGCAAUUUCUCUGUUGUCUCAGUCUUGAACUAUAUAAUGGAGGUGACCACCAUGGUGGCAGUUUUCAAUGUCUGCCUGGACCCUGUUGUUUACUUUUUCCUCUGUAAGUCUUUCCGGGCAAAGAUGAGAAAGGUGUCCAUUAUGACCAAUAUCCAACAAGCAACUGAAGAGAGUGAGCUCAGCAAGGAGCAGCAAGGAGCAUUAACCCUGCAGGAGACAGACACAACACUGUGAGCACAGAAGCAGGCAUCAAGCAGCUUUCAACUCUGCACUCAACAGUUCUCUACGUUUGAUAUACUGAUAUAAUCUCAGCAAUUUUAGUAAAGAUUAUUUACUUUUGUUACAUUAAAGAAAGAGGAAUUUGCUGAUCUUGGCCCAUGAGAAGUCCAUAACAAAUAACUUGAUUAUGGAUGAAUCUGUACGAGUUUUUGGAAAGGAAAGCAGAAGACAUCCCAGUGUACUUUAGACCCAGCAACACACUCAGACAGAAACUGGUUCAUCCCGAACACAAAACUCAGUGUAGCGAGGA